AUGGCAUCAACCAGCAGCGUGAAGUCAUCAUCGCCCGAGGAUGAAUUUUACAACAAUUUGACACUGAAUUUAAUUCAAUUCCUAAAUAAUAUCACAAGAAUAACAAAUGUGACACUGCAUAAGCAGCAACCAUGUGAACGUACAGCGAUAUCUACAUUUGAACAACGUCAUAACAUUUUCUUACCCGACGAUAUGAAACGCUUCUAUUUGUCCACUGAUGGAUUUACAUUGCAUUGGUGUUUUCAGUAUGCACCGAAUGUUGUGCGUCGAGUGGGUUACAUUAAUUUUCCACAUUUGAUGCAAAUCACAUUGCUUCGUGACUACGUGGAAUUGAUACAUAUGAGUAACACAAGUCCGCACGCGAAAAAGUCGCCCGGUAGUAAUGAUCAUCGGAAUGUUGACAAAUCGAAUCAGCAACCAAAUCUGAAUUUGCGGUCGAAAAUAUUUGAAUUAAGCUCAAUUUUGGAUGUUGCAAAGGUGUGCUUGAUUUUUGAAACUUUGGAGUCGAUAAACCCAAAAAUCUAUUUACUGGAAACACAAUCAAACAAGUGGCAAUUUUUGGCCGACUCAUUCACCGAAUAUCUUCGGAUGUGCAUCGCACAUUUGGGUUUACCCUACUGGGAAUUGUGUUUUGCACAUACUUGUGCCUUACCCUCAUGGGCAGAGCAAAUUUACUUAUUGGUUGCACCUCAUUUACUCGAACACAACAAUAAUGUUACGCAAUCGAAUCGCUCAUUAUCCUGUCCACGUGAUCCAGUAGUUUACAAUGAAUUAGAUUUGUCCAUAUUUCGAACAAAACAAAAAUGUAACAAACAAACAAAUAAACUCAAUAAAUAAAUGUAGUGAUGUAA